AUGGCCGCUGUUACGGCGCCGAGCCCUUUGGCCCAGGCUAUCGAUGAGUUCCUCGAUGAUAUGAAGGCUCGCGACCGUAAAAGUCCAUUUUACAAAGAAGUAUUGACAUCACGGUCGGUUUUGGCGCUCAAUGCAAAUCCACGGGGCGUUGAAUUAUGUACAGAAGAACUCAGGGGCUUCGUUAAAGAGCUCGAAGAGCAGAAGAGCACAUCGAAAUCAUUGAGAGGACUUGGAGCCCUUGGACCUUUCAUCAAUGGUAUUGUUACUUUGAUGGACGCUUGCUCCGCACUGGCACAGGCAAGUCCUUUUGCCGUUGGUGUGGCUUUAUCGGGCGCUCGUUUCGUGCUCAAGCUCGCACACAACACCAAUUCGAUGUUUGAGCUCGUCUCCGAGACGAUGGGCAAAAUCGGAAUGUAUCUUCAGUGUUACGGCAAAUUUGCCGUUGCCUAUAAAUCCUCUGAUGAGGUACGCGAGUGUCUUGUUGCCUCAUACAAGAACAUCGUCAACUUCUGGGCAACGGCUUCAAAACUCCUGUCCGAGCACGUUCUCAUGAGCGCGAUCAAGAACAUUGUGAAUUCUAUGACCGAUGAGAUAAAUGUGACUGUCGAGCGUCUCAGCAAAGAUUGUGCUCGAGUCCUGGCAAUAACAGCGGCCGAAGAAGCAAUUCUUGUCCAUGAUGAUAGGAGGCGUAACGUUAUCGAACAAGAAAAGAAAAUGAAGGAUGGAAUUCUCGACUGGAUCAGAGCCGAUGAUGACCUCGACCUCCGCGGUCACUUGCAAAUGUAUUCUGAACGAAGGCAUGCAGAGACAUGCGAGUGGCUGUUUGAUGAACCCGAAUUCCAACGCUGGCGUGAUGAUCUGACCACUAAUGUGUUCUGGUACAAUGCGCCGCUAGGCUCUGGGAAGACGGUUCUUUCAUCAGCCGUCAUCGACCAUUUAACGAAGAAGAGUCUUCCGACAGCAUACUACUUCUACUCUUUCAGCGACUUCACUCUAAGAAAGGCCAUAACAGGUCCUCGGGCCCUUGCUCUCCAGCUCCUUCACAUUAUGAAGACCGGAAUUCCAGAUUCAGUGGUGGAACUCUACCAGAGUGAAAUGACACAGCAUGCAAGAUACAUUCAUAUUCCGUCUGUCGCAGUGGACACAGUAAAUUGCAUGUUAAAGGGCUGCAGCCUUGUCUACGUGAUUGUUGAUGGCCUAGAUGAAUGCGUCGAUGACCAAAGAAUGCGAGAUAUGUUCACAAAAAUUGUAUCUGCUCCAGCUUACGGCACAACCAAAUGGUUCUUUACCAGCCGGAAUGACGAGAAUAUUCGAAACAUGAUGAAGAAACUGAAUGCUGUGACAUUUACUCCUAAUUUAUCCACCCUGUCUGCGGAUAUCAAACUAUUCUUGUCAGACGGGCUACAGUCAAUUGAGGGUGCCGCAAACCACAUCGAAUACUUCACUGAGAAACAUAUCGAAGGGAGCUUCCUUUAUUCGAAAUUCUUGGUUGAUACCCUACAAGGGGAAGGUAUCACCUGUGACGAUGAUAUCAGUAAGGCCUUGCAAGAGUUUCCUAAAAGUCUGACUGGAUACUAUAUUCGUACACUACUCAAGCUCUGUGAGAGACACGAACGAGAGCAAGAACUCGUGAAACGAGUUUUUAGGAUACUGAUCACUGCAGUCCAGCCUAUUACUUGGAACGAGCUCUGCAACGCACUUGCUAUCCGGAGCGGAGCGAAAGACCAUCUGAAAGGAAAUGAACCUCGGGAACAACAAAUUUAUUCGCUCUGCGGAUCCUGGUUGCUCUUAGAUUCCUCUCCUAAUGACAGCAAAAAUAACCAGAAGAUCAGACUGGUUCAUAAAACCAUCCAAGAUUUCCUCACCCAAAACUCUCAAGAUCUUCUCAUCGACCCAUCCAUUCGGCAGAUGGAGCAGGACAAUCUGGCUCGAAUUCAAAAAUUCUUUGUCAACUCAAACGAUGCUUUUCGACAAGGUGGACGCGACUGCCUGACAUUCUUAAACUACAGGCGCUAUGAGUCUUUCGCUACUGCCAAGGCAAUCCUGGAGGACGAGAAUAACAGAGAGCACUCGUUUUUGAGAUACGCGGCGGCCUUCUGGUUCAUCCACUUCAUGGAUGGCAGUAAACACAGCAAGGAAGAUUUCGAAGAGGUAAGACGUUUUCUAGAGAGCACAAACCUUUGGACCUGCGUUGCUGUACAAAGUCGAAUCGUCCCAUAUCUUUUCGGUCACUACGCUCGAAGAGAAGCCGGCACUUACCAGAUGAGUUUGCGACAAACGGGCUGGGAUGAGGAGGAUUCUUUCGGUGUUCCGUUACCUACAUGGCUGGAACAAUAUCCACCCCAUGGACCCGCGUUGGAUCUUGAUUUCUGUGCUUUCAUAAACGAUUGGCAUGAAGUUCUCGCGUCUCGGCCGGAUGUCCUUGAUCAAUGUGUUCCGCUGAACACCAUGCAAUCAAAGCUUGGGGGUGAAUUCCCUCAAUCGGAAAGAAUUAAAGUCUGGAAGUUCAACGAAAAGCUCAAUUUGAGUGACGUCUCAGAGCUUCGCCUGAAUUCCAUAUUUCUUUCUAAGGGCAGAUUGCUCGCUGACUUGAUUUAUCAUAACCGCAAUGACCCUUCAGACCUCCUUCACUGCCAUCCGGUCUCAAUAUUCUCGAAAAGCAAGGCAACCCAAAGCACUUUUCGUCCUGUCUCCCGACUUACAGAGUUGAAUUGGGAAGAAACCGCAUUUCAAGUCCAAGGGUCGCCGUCAACGGUCAAUAUUCUGGAAUAUGAUACAGUGUCUAGACAGCUUCGAUCUACUCAAAAUGGUGUCUCCAAAGCAUUCUCAGCACCAAGCUCCUUGGCAGAAGCUCGCCCGAAUGAGAACUGGCAAGUGAACAACAAAGACAGCAAAGCUACAGGAUGGGGAAUAGUGACUAUUUUUCAAAUUUCAAAAGAAUCAUUGAGGCAAGGCCCAAUAUGGCAAUGCGAUCAUUCAAGUUCCGAAUCGGACUCUAGCUCAUCAGGGUCAGACUCAGACCCAGAAUCUAGCUCAGGCACAAGCUCAAACUCCGACUCCGAUUCCGACUCUGACUCUGACUCCGACUCUGCCUACCAAUCUGGCUACGAUGAGGGACAACACAGAGAAACUCAAUCAUUUGGCAAGCCAGCAGACCUUCACUUUUCUUCGUGUGGAAAGUUCCUUUACUCCCUGGGCGCCUCAUUCACAGAUGGUGACGACUACUCAGAAUGUCAUUUGCGCUUAUCUACAUAUUCGAUUGCACCGAGCCAUGGAAUUUCAAACAUUGAAGAAGCCCCGAUACCAAAGCCCGAACUCACAUAUAGAUUUGGGGAACGAAUUGAGAGUCUCCCGCCUCAUUUGCCAAUUCUCGUCCACUGGAGCGAGAAUGAAGUGGUCAUUGCUCUGCCACCAUUAACAUGCGAGCCGAAACUGGUCAAGUUCGACUUACACGCGCCGAAUCAGCAAGCAGUGAAAACACUACGAGAUCCAAUAUAUUUCCCCUCCUCAACCCUAUCUUCGAAUCCGGCUCUGUUGUACCGGCACAGAUCUUCAAAAGAGCAUGAAAUAUUUCUCUCCUUGGCACGAAAACCACCGUGUCGGUCGAACCCAAAUCCGUCAGAGAGACAAGCUCCUACACCCCCUGCACCUCCUGCUAUGCCCGUUGUGAUGCGUUGGAAAAUCCCGAAUGAGAAUGGAUGGAAGGUGUGGGACCCCGCACGCGAUGAAGAAUCCACGGAUCUCAAGCUAGGGGUUGACUAUAUUCGAAUGCUGCGUGGUGGAUUUGUAGACGAUGAGAGGAAAUUUGAUGUUCCGAUUAGGAGUGGACUCGACUGGACGCGAAAGGCAUUCUUAUCUUGUGCUUAG